ACAUGCAUCACACAAACGGUUUUCCGCCUCCGGUGCGCGAGAUCCGACUCGUGUGCGUGUCAACUUAAUCGUCAAAGUCAAACGACAAGUUCUGUAAAAAUACAAUAAAUAUAAAAACUGAAACGCAUUUGAAACAAAUAAAGAAUUAAACUGUGCGAAUGUUACUCGUGCCUGGACCCGUCAUCGCGUAAGUCUCAUCGCAUGACGUGUGACGAUGGAAGAACCAGGUCGGUACUUAUAUGUCUAUAUAAUUCACGUAAAUCAAUCUCCUGUAGCAAGGACGGACCCUAUUAUUCGACGCUGAACCAAUCGACUCUCGGCAGGUCUCCGUCGACUAAGUCUACACCAUGCAGGUCUCCGUCGACUAGGUCUACACCAUGUAGGUCUACUUCACGUAGAUCUACCCCGGGUCGGUCUACAUCAGGCAGGUCUACUUCAGGAUGCAGUAGAUCUACAUCGGACAGGUCGACAACCCCAGAACCACCGCCCGUUCCACCAGCCACCUAUCACUGGGAGGAAGUGAGGAGAAAACGGUCUGUAGGUGGGUAUCCAUGGACGCAUCUCAACAAGCCACCGUUCGAUGAAAAGACUUGGGUGAAGUAUGAAAGAGAUCACGUAUACGAACCUGUCACGCCAGCAGCUAGCGCUGACCAGAUAUCUCCGCCCAUCACGAAUUCAAAAAAAGACGAUAAUCGUCAUUUUUUACGCAUACCAUUGACCGAAGAACUCGUGAUGGCCGACGACACGGGUUCGGAACCAGAAAGUGAUCAGCAACAACAACGACAACUACGAUUAGCUAGACAAGAAGAAGAUAACGAAGACGACGACAAUGACGAUGAUGAAGAAGAUGAUGAGGAAGAGGACAAUGAUAAUGACGACGACGACGGAAAUGUCGGUAAAAAAGUUGUACGAUCCGAUGAAUCGACUUAUGAGGGUGAAAACGAAAACUCAUCUGUGGGCGAUGUGGAGUCCGGUAACACACGUAUGAAGGUCUUCCAACAAAAAGUUAAAGUCAAAGCAGACAUACUACGCACCAAGCUGCAAGGGGUAACCAAACGGAAACCUAAGCAAAAAAUAGUGGUAGACGCGCCUAAUGGUGAAAAGUCUCGCCGCAAGUUCGGCCAGUUCGCCACUUUGCCAAAAAAGUUCACAUUUAACGCACCCAAAGUAAAUUUCUCCACAGCCUUUGGACACUUUUCGCGAAGAUCCGUGGAUCCGAACGAAUCUAGUACGGACGAGACAAAAAGUGUGCGUGAUGAGACGAAAAGUGGUCGAUUCUCGCUGCCACGUUUUGGAUUAUCCAGGACGUCGUCGGAAUCUCCGAAACCGUCAAAAUCCGUGAAAAUCGGUGGUUCCCGACUGUCUAUACCGAGUUUCCGGCCGCGUACUUGGUCGGACGCUUCGAAAGUGUCGAAACCAGAUAGUCCAAAACCUCGGAUAAUGGACUUCGGCACAUACCCAAGGAUAUUUUCGAAACGUCGGAAAACAAACGUGGCGAACAAAGCAAAGACGCCACCACCAUCUUCCGACGGAGGAGAGCCAGAACAAAACAACUAUAAACGAAAGGACUCUUUUCAUCGGCGCUUCUUUCGGUCACACAAAGAGUCAACGCCAGCUCCAACGGACGAACAGACUGCUACGCUGGCUGUGGAAGAAGAGCUAGAUGAGCCUCAACUGCAGGUAUCCAAGGAAUCGUUGGCGGAAUUUGGCGACAGCGAUCUACAGGAGGUGAUAUCGCUGAGUGAUGACUGUCGAUCGAAGGAUACGAAGAGCUUGUCUGAACACCGAUCGGGUGUAAUUGAAGAAAUUGAUUCUGACGAAUUUUUCCUGCGCGAAAAAGGUCUAAGUCGCGGCGACGUGCACAUCAGCAAUUAUUUGUCAUCAGAGAUCAGAGACGUUUUCCGGUCGAACCGGACACGGUCUGUGGAAGGCGUUAAUGAUAACGACAGCGGUACGAGUGCAAGAAACAACCGCGACUCAAGUAGUGGUAUCUCCACGCCGGUGAGACCGUCGCGGACCAAUUCGCUGAGAAGGCCUAACCGGCAUACUACAGUUGAUGCGAAUACUGAACGAUCUUAUGUCGCUGAUCGGUUCAGUACGAUGCCAAAAUCGUUCGGUGGCACCAGGCCGUCAAAGAAAGACGUGGAAGACUACACCCCCGAGAACAUCAUCACCAGUCAGACAUUUGAACCAUCGCAAAAUCCAAUACUACCAUCGGGGGUGCCCUGGAGAACUUCCGUUAGGCAGACUUCUUCUGCCGCUGUCACACACAUGCCGCCAAAACCACCGACUAGACAACGCAUGGCUAAGUUCUCCACGUUUGACACGCGGUCAAUGAUUGAUUUGUCCAGAAAGAGAAGCCAGUCACAAAUCGGAUUCCAACCGUCGAUGAACUUUUCAGAUACCGUGCCAAAAGCUCCGAUGCGUCGGUCCAGAACUUCGUUGGCCGGUUCCGACCGCGAUAUUUCGUUGGCGGUGACCGAUAACGGCGGCCGGCCUUCGUGGGCAGUAAACGGCAGCGGUGCAGGAGCGCCGACACCGCCGCUGCGCCGUUCGCGAAUGUCACUGACGUCAGAUGUAGACGUCGAAGAGCGGUCUGCAACAGCCGUACACGCAGUCAACGGCACUGCAGCCGUGAGGUCCACGCCUCCGCGACCACCUCCGCCACAAUCGACGACAACGACAUCGGCCGCGGUCGCUGGUUACGCGACGGUGGACAAAUCAUCGCCGUCCUCAGCGUCGCUUUUGUUACCACCACAGUCGCCGGUGCGUCACAGGAGGAAAAAAUCAUACGACGUGAUCAAAAGUCAAGAGUUUGGAGCGUUUUUCACCAUACCGAGGUCGUACAGCUAUUGCGACAGGAAUGCGCGGCCAUCCACAGAUGCAGACACCAGCUGUACCGCUAAACUGCCACCGCCGUCGAGACCCGCACGCGCCUACAACACCCUCGGACCGUCUCGACCGCUUCGGCGCCGGUUACCGAUCCGCGAACACGAGUACGGCGACGUGGCCGACGACGGAAGCGGUGGCCACAACGACAACGAUGAAGGCGACGGCGCAGACAGAAUCGACGGGACGGCCAAAGCGGCGGCGGCGUUGUGCUCGGGCGACGUGAUCGAAAAGAUGAAACUCCGGCCGUUGCCUUCACCGCCACCGCCACCUCGCAAGUCGAGAGCGGCCGACGACGUCGCUACGCCUGAACCACACCGGCGUAGGAACACCGAUUCAGCCCUGGUCCCUUUUUUAGAUCGGCGAGAAACGUCUGUAACAUCGUCUAACGAUUUUUUUGCCGACGUUUCUCGUGCUCUGUUGGCGUCUGCCGCUAGAAACACUGUUGCCGCCACCGAUGACGUGUCUGUGGCCGUUCAGACCGACCCGUCACCGGAUGAUUACGCGUCGGACGACCACGACGACAGGUCAUGCUGUUCUGCCGAGUCGGACGAUCGGGCAACAAAGUCUGUAGCAACAACGUCUCAACAUCUCACCCCAAAAACGCUGACCACCGCCGCCCCCGUCGACCGAACUAGAUCUCGAACGUCGUCCCAGGUCACUGAGUACGUUGACCGACCGACGUCCGGUAUGUCGGUAAACACGGCAGACGACUGCAGUUGCAACGGUUACGCGAUGGUGUCUGAAACGGCAAAUGCCGCGAGCGGUGUCGCGGCAGUGCGCGCGCAACGCUUAACCGUCGAAGAGCUACAAGUGGGUAGGAUGAUCGUGGCCGAUAUACUCGGGCAGCGAAUGGCCGUCGACGAUGUGUCCGGAUCGAAUCUAAAGAUCGCUCAGUUCGCUACUGCGGUUCAGCAUCCGUCUCUGCAGCAGCUGCAGCAGGAUGCCGCAGCCGCCGCUGUGCAAGCAGCGCCUACAGGUGACGACCUGACAACACACGUGUCGCUGUUGCAGGACGACAACGCGUCGGUUCAGUCUUCACGCGUAUCGUCCAUGUAUCCGGAAGUGGAUUCGGACGAGGACCGGGCUAGCGUGUUAGCAGCGCCCACACCACCACGUCGACGCAGUAAACCUCCGUCCUCACCUCGUUCGGCCACCGACGCCGACCGUCAUGACCGUGGCAAAAAUGGCAGACCACCAGGAACCGUUGGUGCCGUCGAUCUGUCCGCUGCCGACCCAUCUAUCACCGAACUCAGCUGUCAGCUGUUCCGGUUGUGUCACUCGAACGUAUGCAGUCUGUUCACCAAAGUCGUCCAGCAAGUGGUCCCGGAGGACACGGAGAAGCGGCGCGACCUGCAAGCCGCCCUGUGCUUCCUGAGCAUCAUACUCGCCGGUCUGCUGAUCUUAGGCUUUGGAAACGAGAAGACCAUACACCAUCACCACUGGGAUUUUCAAUUCCCUCCCAAUCAGUAGCCACACCACCCAUCGUGGGUUGUUGCGGUACUUUUGUUAUUGUUAUUGUUGCUAACCGAUCGUUGUUUCUUUGUUUUGCAUUUCGAUAUUUUAAUAUUCAAUUGUAUAGCAUACGGUUGUUAAAAAAUAUGUUUUCCCUAUACAUAAAAACAACAGUCGUUUCUGUCAUUGACUGAACGGUAAAUGAUAAUUUUUAGAGCUUACAUUCAAAACAUCUAACACUUAUACAGUUAUACGAUUUUCGUUUAUGUACCUAACUUUUACCUUACACAUUUUUUUUUUUUCUAAAAUAUUUUUGCAACAUUUUGUUGUUUUAUUUAGAGACGUUAUAUUUGCUAUUUUUCAUCUCGUAUAAAUCGUUAACAAUAAAUAAUUGCCCGCUAUACUCAACAGCGGUAAUUAGAACACAAAUAUUAUGUAGGAAGGACAGGUAGGUGCAUUAAACUUUGUAGGAAUAUUAAAUAAUAAUAUAAUAUUAAUUCAUUCAUUAAAAUGUUUAAUGAUAUUCCGCUAUUUUAUGUUUAACGGGGUAACGCAAAGUGAAUUAAAAACACUCGAUUAUCCUUAAUGUUUAGACUAGGAUAAAAUUACUAUAUUAUAAAAUUAUAGUUUCGAGUAGAAACGCCGAAAUGAACUAUUAAGAUUUAUUACUAGUAAGUGUUAUUAGACGCAAUUUACUGAUGUCUAUUGACUCUUUACCAGCGUCUAACAUAUAAAAUCACAAAUUGCUGACUAAAUACAAUAAAUAUGAUCAGAGGACUAAAUUUCUAUAACUUGACUACAAGCCACAUAAAGUAUACCUAUACUCUUUAUGUACCAAUAAUCAUAAUAAUCAAAUCAUCAAACAUUCAAUUUAUUGUCAUUAAACACUUUCGGCAUAGAUCUUAUUUUAAUUGUUAAAGGUUUGGUUUCAUUAAGGCUUUAUAAGUAGAUAAAUGUGAAACUAUAAUUUUAAUUUUUAAAUUGUAUGAUUAUCUAUAGAAUAGAAUAGAUAUUGUCUAGAAUCUAGAUUGAAAAUCUCCAUUUCUGCAUACAUAACUGAAAUCUCAAAGUUAUAUUUUUAUUAUGAGCCAUGUUUUUGUGGUAACUAAAUUAUUUGUUAAACAACUUAUUUUAUGAUGAUGUGGUUACUGAAUUCAUUUUUUAAGUUAACAAUAAAAUAAUUUACAAUAAAUCAGCAAUACUUUCUUUUUAAUAAAUAGUUUAUAAAAAUUACAUCAAUAUAAUAAAUUACAUGAAUAUAUCAUUUUUAUCACUCAGUCAUGAAAAAAAAUCUCUAUUAUAUAAUUAAAAUCUAAAAUAAAUAAAAACAAUUGUUUAAAUUAAAUCAUCAUAUGUCACCAGCGAACGAUCAUCUCGUUGAUUUCCUUUUUGAGAUUUAUUAGUAGCUAGAAUUCAAAAAUAAUACACAUUAAUUUUGACAAUUAAAAUCUGUAUAUCUAAAUUAUGUUGAAACCAUUUAAGUUAUUUGUUUAUAUUUUAUGAAUAAAAGUAUAUUUUCAGUUAAUUUAAACAAAUUUUUUGGUUGAAUGAUUUUAGCUGAAUUCAAGGAGAGAUUAGUCUAAGAGGUACAUGCCAAGAAUUAUGUUAUUAAAUCAAAUCUGAUAUUCAAACAUUUUAAAAUUAAAUAGUUGUUGCACAUGACAACUAAGGUAUGUAAAAAUAUCUACAUAAUAUAUUAUUAUGUUAAAGGUUCAAAAAUAUUAAUUUAUUAUGUAAAAAUAUUAUAAUAUAAUAAUGUUAUAGGUAGUUAUAUCUUAGUAAAAGAACUUUUUCACAACUAAUUCAUUAUUAUAUUAUAUAUUUAUCAUUAAUUUAUUUUUAUGAAUUUAAUAAAAGUGAAAAAAAAACUAA